ACACACACACACACGCACGCACUUCGCUCUCAGGCAGAGCACAGGCUGAGUUGAGGUGGCAGAGUACAGUGAAUCGACUGAAACUGUGAACACUCGACUGUGAUCCUUUUGAAAAUAAAAAGCAAUCACCGAGGAGCCCUAAAAGCGACUGCGGUCAUACCAGUUAAGGUAGAAGUUUGAUUCAAAAAAACGAAAAUGAAAUUCAAAUUCAACAGUUUCACUGGCAGGCUGUCGGCGCCAUCACCCCUGGAGAUUCCCAGCAGAUUCGGGAAGGCAGGGGAGAACCCGAUAAUUCACUACCCUCAAGGAACGAGCUUCGCGAAGACAGUGGAAGGACCCAAGGGCUUCUACGACGCCGUCCCAAGGCCUCUCCUGCAGAAGAUGGCUAUGUUCCAGGUAAACAAUAGCUUGCCUGUGCACAUCAAAGGUGGACCUGUUGACAAAAUUCUCUUCGGAGUGACCGCCUUCGUCUGCGCUGUAGGCCUCCUCGAGUGUUUCAGGGUCUAUUACGUCCUGUCUUACCCCGCACCGAAGGAAGAAUAGGACCAUUACUGUAAGAAAUAUGCACCACGCAACGUUGUGUGACACAGUGAUUCCACGAUAAUAGGAAGUGUUGUGUGCAAUGUAGUUUGGACUAUGAAAUCAAGAUGCUGUUGUAGGUGUUCUCUUCGACGUCAUUUUAGUCAUUGUCAACUUUGUGAAAACGACAAGAAGGUAAAAAAAAAAAAUUGCACGAAUCAUUUCUAACGCAGCGUGAAAUACAUAUGAUAUUCAUUGGAGGCAGUGAGCGAAUGAAUGACAACCAGGUGGCCUAGUCUUCCUGACGAAGGUCUUCGGACCAGACACGCGAGGAAACUUGAGCAAAGAAAAUGGCGGAGGAGGACGUUAACCCUUCUGUCUUUUUCCUACUUAGCUUGAUUUUUGCUUGAUCUCUCUUUUCCCCCUUUCUGAUUUAUGACACUUCGCGAGGACAGCUUUCAGAUUUAUCCCCUCCACAGGAAUAUAUAUUCUCUCCUCAAAGUUAUGGAUGCCCAUCAAAAAUCUUCCCUGGGUGAUGCCUCGCUCUUCUUCCUCUUUCGGAGACAGACGAUGGGAUGAGUAACCGUCAGAAGCCGUUGCAAAGACGUAUCCCACUUGCUUCUACUACUACUACUACUUCUACUACUACCACUAAAGACAUCACGAAGACGCAAUACAUUUGUUGCUUAAUACAUUUAAUUUGCUCUUUGGCUAUUUCACUGCCACUUGUGGAAAGAAUCACUGGGAAUAUGAGACCAAACGAAAAAGUCAGGUUGUAAAUAUUUGUUAGAAAUAGUAUAGGGGAGAUACACUAUUUUACUCUACUGUUACGAGAAAAGAAAGAAAUAAAAAUGGAAUUUCA